AAGGAACAAUAAGAAAACACGCUGCGCAACACUGAUUGAUAUUGCGGAUGAACUCAUCCCGGAGUCCAGUAGAUCUCGGCUGCUGAUUGGUUCCCGGCCAGCGAGAUCUCCAAGAACACCCUGUGAGAGGAGAACAGCAGUUGAAUCAAGACAAUCCAAGAAACACGAGAAAGAACAAGUCUUGGUGUUGUUGAAACAGAGGUUUUCACAGUGUUCAACCCAUUUGCGACUCCUGCGACGACUGACUGCCUUUCCUGGGCUUAAUUGAAGCGCCAGUUCACGUGACCGAUCGCGUCUGGGCGCGCGUUUUGCGGAGAAAAUCCCAGAGGAAAGUUGGAGAGGCAAGCAAAUCAAUCCGUUUGUUCGGCCCUGAUAAUCUUCCCUUUCACUCAUUCCUCCUCCUUCUUCCUUCCCCUGGCACAUGACGACAUUUUCUACCUUCUCUCUUAUAGUCUCAACCCUUUCGCUUGGGAGUCAUCCUAAACCAUGGAGGACUCAGUGCCUGAUACCCCCGUGAACGACAGAAAAGUCGUUCACAGUACCCCGACAAAAGACGAUAUCGACUAUGAGACCGUCGCCACCGUUCCUGUUACCCAUCACCAACCGGUGGCAACCCAAUCGUUAACCCCUGCCUCUCAGCGCUUCACUCAGCCGACCCAGCUAGUUGACAAUCCUUAUACUACUGCGAAGAACAACUCCAUUGUACAAGUAGCCGCCUCGUCCCCGCUAGGUCCUGCCUCGUCCCCGUCCCGCCCGACCCCGAACGCAGGCCGUAUCGCCAACCUCAUGGCCCCCAGCGGCACCAUGUUCCGACCCCCGGCCGUCGCAGGCCCGGCCAAGCGCGCGCCGGUGAUCGAUCUAGAUGAUGAUGGACCCACGUAUCGAGGCGGGUCCUCCGAUGACGAUGUCCAGAUCAUCCAGAAUCCCGACAUUAAACCAGCCAUGUUCACCAAAUCCUCGCGGAGUCCUGACAAGGUCGCCGAGUCGCCCAUUGACCGCUUCAAGGAGAUCACCACCGGCGCCAUCUACAACCCUGCGAAACGCCCUGCCGCGCAGAUGGAAUCGACCCCGCGAGGCACGGCCGUCAAGAAAGUCCGGCAGGAAGGCCCUUCGCGCGCCCAGCCUGUCGACGGGGGGUACUCGCUUGAUAGUAUUGAAGACCACAAUGUCAGAGUCAAGGUGCAACGGAUGCUCAAGGUGAUGCCGCAGAAGUCCGUGUCGUCCUGCGUGCAGGCGCUCGUGAAGAAGCGCGGUGUCUACGAGGAUGCUCUGGAUUACCUGGCUAGUGCGGAGGGAAAGGACGUGUCGUCGGAGGAUGAAUUGAGCAUGUCCCAUCAAUCGAAUGCAGCCCCAGCGAAACAGCAGAUCAAGGCGCGAGGCACGAUCCAGGACAAGUGGUCCGCUGCGAAUCUGCAAAGAACUCUUGCAGCUCAAAAGGCGUCGCAGCAGCCGGAAGAGGAUGAGGCGAAACCGCGCAGGCGUUUAAUGAGAGGGCCCAAGACCCGGGUUUCCUCUCCGAGCCCAGUGCGUUCCGAAUCUCGUCCGCAGCCUCGCCCUGAACCAGUCACGGAAACACCACCCAAAAAACCCGGGCGCUUGGUGCAGGGCCGAAGGCCGGAUACUCCUCAGCGCUCAGAGUCCCCGGAGGCUCUCAUCAUCGACGAUGACUCCGACUCUGAUGUCGAAGAAACGGCAGGCGAUGUGCAAUUCGAUCUCAAGUUACUGAAAUUCUUUAACACAUGCAGCGUCUUGGAUCUGGCAGAUAUCGCUGCCAUUACAGAAGAUGUGGCACAGCAUGUAAUCUCGUGCAGACCGUUCAGAUCCUUGGACGAGGUCCGUGCCGUCCCUGCGCCGGUGAAAGAAGAGGCGAAACCUAAAGGGGCUCGUGGCCGCAAAACACCCAAACCGAUCGGCGACAAGAUCGUGGAUAAGUGUAUCGAUAUGUGGGUGGGUUAUGAUGCCGUCGAUUCUUUGGUCGCGCGUUGCGAAGCGUUAGGGAAGCCGAUCGCAACUGAAAUGAAGAAAUGGGGGGUGGACAUCUUUGGGAAGAAGGAUGGGGAAUUGGAGCUGGUAUCCAUCGAACCCAGAGAUUCUCAGUCGCAUGACUCCGGCAUUGGAACCCCGGCGAGCCAGCGUUCUGAUGAAGACAGCGAUGGCCCGGCGUCUGGCGGUGUUGCCCUCACACGCAAAGGGCGAUUUAUUUCUCAACCUGGAAUCAUGCGAGAUGACCUGAAGAUGAAGAACUAUCAAGUUGUGGGCAUCAACUGGCUGGCACUACUAUUUGAACACGAACUGAGUUGUAUCUUGGCUGAUGACAUGGGUCUGGGCAAGACUUGUCAAGUCAUUGCUUUUUUGGCACAUCUUUUCGAAAAGGGAUUCAAGGGGCCACACCUCAUCGUAGUACCUGCGUCUACGAUUGAGAAUUGGCUACGGGAGUUCCAGAAAUUCUGUCCUACCCUCUCCGUCAUGCCUUAUUAUGCCGGUCAAGCUGAGCGCGCGGAGAUUCGGGAGACAAUUGAGGAUAACAGAGACAGCAUCAAUGUUGUCAUCACCACUUAUACCAUCGCUAAGGGCAAGGUCGACGCACACUUCCUCCGCAAUAUGGACUUCUGCGUUUGUGUUUACGACGAGGGACAUAUGCUGAAGAGCAGCACCUCGGUCCUCUACGAGAAGUUGAUUCGCAUUCCUGCUCGUUUCAGACUUCUAUUGACGGGUACACCCUUGCAAAACAACCUCCAAGAAUUGGCUUCCUUGCUAGGCUUUAUUCUUCCUAAAGUCUUCAAGGAGCGCAAGGACGAGCUCCAUCACAUCUUCGCCAACAAGGCCAAAACCGUCGACGAGUCUCACUCCGCGUUGCUCUCUGCUCAGCGUAUCGAGCGCGCCAAAUCGAUGCUCAAGCCCUUUGUGCUGCGGCGCAAGAAGCACCAGGUCAUUGAUCUACCCGCGAAGAUCUCCCACGUCGAGUACUGCGAGCUCAACGACGCUCAACGCAAAAUCUACGAGCAUGAGCAGGAGGAGGUCCGAAAGCUGCUGGCCGAUCGCGCUGCGGGCAAGAAGACCGGCAACAAAUCCGCCAACAUUCUCAUGAAACUCCGACAAGCAGCCAUCCACCCAUUGCUGUACAGACGCCACUACACCGAUUCCAUUCUCAGCCGUAUGGCCAAGGCCUGCCUGAAAGAAGAACAAUUUUCCCAGUCCAACCCGGACAUCAUCUUCGAGGAACUUCAGCCGUACAACGAUUACGAAUGCCACUCGAUGUGCGUCAAAUACCCAGCGCUCAGCCGCUUCGCCCUCAAGAACAACGAGUGGAUGGACUCGGGCAAGGUGGCGAAACUGUGCGAGCUGCUCCAGCGCUUCCAGGAGAAGGGCGACCGGACGCUCGUCUUCUCACAGUUCACCAUGGUGAUGGACAUCCUUGAGAACGUGCUGGAGCACGAGCACCUCGGCUUCGUGCGCCUGGACGGCCGCACCAACGUCGAGGACCGGCAGUCGAUCCUAGACGCAUUCCACGAGCGCACCGACAUCCCCGUCUUCCUGCUCUCGACCAAGGCCGGCGGUGCGGGCAUCAACCUGGCGUGCGCCAACAAGGUCAUCAUCUUCGACUCCAGCUUCAACCCGCAGGAGGACGUGCAGGCCGAGAACCGCGCCCACCGCGUCGGCCAGACCCGCGAGGUCGAGGUCAUCCGCCUCGUGACCAAGGAUACCAUCGAGGAGCAGAUCUACGCACUCGGUCAGACCAAGCUGGCGCUCGACCAGGCCGUGGCGGGCGAGGAUGCCGCCGACUCAAAGAAAGCGGAGGAUGCAGGCAUGAAGGCGGUCGAGAAUAUGGUUCUUGCAGAUAUGGAGCAGAAGUCAUGAUUUUUAUUUCUUUCCUUUUUGCAUUUUGCAUUUCCCCCAUCCUGAUGAUCUCUUCGUGGUUGUAUCUUUUCUGUGUCUAUGUUGUUUUGUGUGAUACGGGAAUUCUUGGGACGGAGUGGUAUGCCUUUGUCUUCUCUUUUUGUUUACGUCUUUAGAAAAGAACACCCGUUUAUCUUACACGACAAGAUCAAGAAUUUUUAGUCACUUUUAUUCUUCUAAUCAGCGAGCUUUUCACCUUUUGUCGCUUUACAAUGUCGAUUCACCCUUCUACACAUACACAUGUCAUGUGCAUUUUCUGUCGGCUUGGAUGAGGAUGGGGUGAUCAAGGGAUUGGACGGACGGUACUUCAUCAUCAUCAUCGGUGGCGCAUUUACACGGUUUCUUUUUUUACUGGUGUUGUUGAUUUGACUGCACCGCUC